UGUCAGUUAUGAAUGGCUUCAAGAGGUCAUACAAACUGGACUCUUAUAACGGCUCCACAUACCUGUCCCCUAACAACGUGGUUGUGCCCCCGUCUGUGGACUGGCGUACGAAGGGUUAUGUGACCGAUGUUAAGAACCAGGGUCAGUGCGGCAGUUGUUGGGCGUUUAGUUCUACGGGUGCACUGGAGGGCCAGCACUACCGCAAACUGGGUGUCAUGACAUCCCUGUCCGAACAGAAUCUGAUUGACUGUUCCCACAAUUACGGUAACGAUGGCUGUGAGGGCGGGCUUAUGGACAACGCCUUCACAUAUAUUAAGGAGAAUCACGGCAUCGACAAAGAGAACACUUACCCCUACGAGGCUAAGGACCGCAAGUGUCGAUACAAACCGCGAGACAUCGGCGCCACUGACUCUGGAUUUGUGGACAUCCCGGCCGGCAAUGAGGAUCAGCUGAAGGAGGCGGUGGCGACUGUGGGCCCGGUGUCGGUGGCCAUCGACGCCUCCCACGAGUCCUUCCAGUUCUACUCGCAGGGGGUGUACGACGAGGAGCAGUGCAGUAGCGAGCAGUUAGACCACGGGGUGCUUGUGGUGGGCUAUGGCACCACUGCCGACACCAAAGAGGACUAUUGGAUUGUGAAGAACUCGUGGGGCACCCAAUGGGGUGACGGCGGGUAUAUCAAGAUGUCCCGCAAUAAGAGCAAUCAGUGCGGUAUCGCCACGUCCGCCUCCUACCCCCUGGUUCGUCUAAAAAUGCGAUUCCUAUUACCGGCACUGGUAUUCAUCAUCAUCGCACUGGUAGCUAGCAUUGAGUCCUUAGCUCUGACCUAUAAAGAAGUGGUCGUCGAGGAAUGGGAGACAUUUAAGGCCCGCCAUAACAAGCAAUACACUGACAAGUCUGAGGAGAACUUUAGGCUCAAGGUAUUCAUGGAGAAUAAGCAACGGAUCGCCAAACAUAACAAACGGGCCGCCAAUGGACUCCAUGGGUUCACUCUGGCUAUGAACGAGUUCGGAGACCUACUGUCCCACGAGUUCGUGUCAGUUAUGAAUGGCUUCAAGAGGUCAUACAAACUGGACUCACAUAACGGCUCCACAUACCUGUCCCCCCAUAAUGUUGUAAUACCUGCGGAGGUAGACUGGCGUACGAAGGGUUAUGUGACCGAAGUUAAGAACCAGGGUCAGUGCGGCAGUUGUUGGGCGUUUAGUGCCACGGGUGCACUGGAAGGCCAGCACUACCGCAAAUUGGGUUUUAUGACAUCCCUGUCCGAACAGAAUCUGAUCGACUGUUCCCAUAAUUACGGUAACAAUGGCUGUGAUGGCGGGGCUGCCAUCAGCGCCUUCGCAUAUAUUAAUGGGAAUCACGGCAUUGACACCGAAAACGCCUACCCCUACGAGGCUAAGGACCGCAAAUGUCGAUACAAACCGGGAGACAUAGGCGCCACUGACUCUGGGUUUGUGGUCAUCCUCCCGCUCGGCAGUGAGGAGAAGUUGAAGGAGGCGGUGGCGACUGUGGGCCCGGUGUCUGUCGCUAUCGACGCCUCCCUCAAGAGUUUCCAGUUCUACUCUCAAGGGGUUUAUGACGAACAGGAGUGUAGUUCCGUGCAGUUAGACCACAUGGUGCUUGUGGUGGGCUAUGACACCACUGCCGACACCAAAGAGGACUAUUGGAUUGUGAAGAACUCGUGGGGCACCCAAUGGGGUGACGGCGGGUAUAUCAAGAUGUCCCGCAAUAAGAGCAAUCAGUGCGGUAUCGCCACCUUCGCCUCCUAUCCCCUGUUUGACUCAAUUUUGUGCCACAAAUGCAAAGCGAGUGAAACACUUGACUCCGACAUAACGGCGCGUUUCGUACGUUCCCUCCGAUUGAGGUUCACUCAUAUCAUUACCGAAUUGGUCCCCAAGACAUCACUGACACCCAUACUAUCACCGCAUAUGCCGUCCAAAUACUAUGCCGUCCGGAGGGGCCGAGCGCCGGGAGUUUACAACUCGUGGUAUGGCUUAUGA